AUGGCAGAAGACCCUCACUUUGAUAUCCUGAAGCGCUUCGUGAAUCUCGCAGACUUGGCCGGGUUGAAGAACUUCGCACCGCCAUGCUUUGCGUGGUCGCGAACUGCUGACGGCGAACUUCCACUGCUGUUUGAGGCAUUUAAAAAAGGAGUGAUGAAGCAUGAUAGCAGGAAACGAUGCCUCCAGAUUGUUGAGUGGAUGAUCAAAAAUGGAGCAGAUCCAUUUCUCCGACUGCCACAAAAACUCCGUGAACCCUGUGCCUUUCAGUGGUACAGAUCAAAGAGGGGCGAGAAGGAGAAAGACAUGUCCGACGAAAUACGUGUCCAAGCGAAUGGGCAGUGUCUCCUUUCCUUUGCCCUGGCGCUUCUCGAGGCUUUGGAUGAGACCGAGAAAGGGCGCUAUGUUGGGGCAGCUGACUUCGUCCAGGAGGUCGUAUCCAUAGUUUCCCGAAUGCAGGGCCAGCGACCGAAAAUAGAAGUAGACCAAACUGCAAUCGACCGCUGGGAAGCGAUCAGGAACAUGACUGCCACCCACAACGUCACAUUUGCCACUGCCGAUGGUCCAGUAACAGCACACGACAUUGCUCUCAUAGCGGCCUCCCCGGUGCUGUCGGCAAUGCUGCAGUCCUGCAUGACGGAAGGUUCUAGAAAGCAUAUUCAAGUCAAAGACUCUUCUGCUGCCGGUGUGUCCCUGUUCUUGGACCUUGUGUACGCAAGCUCCACAUGCAGUGAAGUGCAGUACAAGACCGCGCUCGAAGCCUUAGACCUCGCCCAUCGCUGGCAGGUGGAGGGCGUGGUGCGCGUGCUCGAGGAGAUCCUACAAGGGAUGAUCACCGAUUCCAGCUUCGUCGACAUCGCAUCGGCUGCCACGUUGAAGAGCUUGUUCGGCCUCGAGAAGGCUUGUGCUACCUUCGCCCAGAACAGCAAGGCGUUGCAACGGAUGUCGCAAAACGGGGAGCUACCUCCUGCUCUCAAGAAGCUUCUAGGCCAUGCGGCGAUGGCGUCUGAUACAUCGGCUCCAAAGAAGAGGCGCCGGAGUUUUUGA